CCAACUCAUUCAUCACCAGUGGUGGUAGACCAGCCACGUUAUUCCAUUCCCAUCCACACCCAAUUCGCCUUGACUGGGCAUCAUCAUUACCAUCCAUCCACUACUGGUAUUGCUCUCUCAUCUCAGUUCAGGUACCGAUCAAAAGGUACUGGACUGCACCCGUAGCUGUCAGGAAUCUCUGAUUCGUCCUCCCUCCCUCCUCUUUCACUUCGUCUGCCACCUCGGUCUUGUUUCUUACCUGCCUUCCUUCCUUCCAUGACAUUGGUUGCCCCUGAUUCCUACCUGACCUUUCCUCUCCUUGGCCUCCUUUUCCAUUCGGACGUACAGUACGGAGUACAUUAGUAGGCAGGUUCUCUAGAGUCACACAAACCUAUCAGGUUCAUGUCACUUUUCUUCUGGAUAUCUUCUUCCGUUCUUCCAGUUCUUCUUCAGCGUUGAUCAUUUCCCUUGUCAAACGCAGUUCAUUAUCCUUUCAUUCAUCGUCGCCGCUUGUUUCGCGCUCGCUUUAAUUCCUCCUAUUCUCCCCACACACACAAACAAGUGCAAGCCCACAACGCACGCACGACCCUGCAGCGUCGAACGCCAACGAUCCACCGACCGUCCCACGCGCCGUCUCUCCCUCCUGAAGUCCGCGUCUCAGCCGUGCCUUUACGCGACACCUGGGGCGCUUCAAAGCAUCCAAUCCAUCCUUCCUAUCUUAUCGCUCGCUACACCGAAGAGGGACAAACUUGAUUUCAACCAUCACCAAAAACACGAUAACUACAGUUCUAUCCACUUUGUCCUGACCUUGUCCCUCCCUUGGAUAUUACCACUAAGGACUAACUGACUGGCCCUUUCAUGGCUGGUAACACCCGCCGGCGCAUCACGUUGCCGGAUCCUGAAGAGCGACGGCCUUUACUGAGUAGGCUCAGUACAGGCGGUCCAGAGAACCGCGAUGCCCUGUAUAGUUGCAUGACAGACCCUCAUAGUCACUUGCCUGUGUAUACCAACAUACACCGUAUUCGUCGCGACAUCAUCAGCGUUGUUGAGGACUAUUUGAGCCUCGCCCAGCUGCAGGAUCUGAGGAUUAAUGUUACAGUUGUGCGGCCAUUGGUGGAUAAGUUCUAUGGCCUCAACGACAUUUCUAUCAUCUACUGUUUGCUGGUUAAUCGUGCUCAGUUUCUCGAAGAGCAGUCUCAUCUCAAUAACCGUCACAAUGUCAACUUCACACGUGCUACUCUAUGUGAGCUCAUAGCUACGCGCAUCCUGAGACGCUUUGGUGAAGUGCAUGAUGAUGGCCACGACGGCCUUUUGCUCCUGGCUCAUAUUCUAGUCGCUGGCUUUGAACCCUUCCAGAAUGCCCCAGAAGAGAUUCGAGAUGAGGCAGAGCGCACCACCUCCUGGGUUGAUUACAAGACUCUGCCAUCUCUUGAGGUUGCCAUUGUCACUGAGAGCAAGCAUUUCUUGAGUUCAGCGACUUGUCAAAAGGUCGUCAACGCCAUAUACGAGGGCCGAAUUGUCUAUACCCCGUCGACAUUUUGGGACAUUAUCCCCGAUCAUUACAAGUUGAAGCCCAUAUCUAUUUAUGAUCCUCGCGAGUCCCCUCUUCUCAACCAAUAUCGCCUGAUUGUCCCUCGAACCCGAAAUGUCCUCGAGUCAAUCCAAUUCGCCACGCUGCUCACUCUCUACGUUGCGGUUAUGGUUCUUAGAAGGAAAAACCGCUAUGGACCAACAGAAGCAGCUUUUUCUAUCUUUGCUUUUGGAUGGGGUUUGGAUCAAUUUGCUACUAUUUUAGCACAUGGUUGGAACGUCUAUACCCAGAACCUGUGGUCAUUCCUUGAUGUGGCCUUUGUUCUCAUCUACUGGGUAUAUCUUGUAUUGCGGUUCCUGGGCUGGAAGCUUGGUGACGCGAACCUUGACGAACAGGCGUUUGAUGUGCUUGCACUCGCCGCUCCUGUCUUGGUUCCACGGCUUGCUUUUAAUCUCUUGAGCGACAAUCUCGUGUUCUUGUCCCUUAGGUCAAUGAUGGCGGACUUUUUCUUCCUCACAGCUCUAUCUGCCUGGUGUUUCUUGGGGUUUCUGCUUUCACUUCUGUGGCUCGGCGAGGGGGCACACCCCAUCCUAACAAUAUCGAAGUGGAUGAUCUAUAUUUGGUUUGGAUUGGAUGGAACAGGUAUACAUCGAUCGACCGAGUUUCACUGGCUGCUAGGACCUAGUGUGAUGGUAGCCUUCGCUUUCCUCGGAAACACACUUUUCCUUACCAUACUUGUAUCGAUGCUUUCCAAUACAUUCAGUAACAUCUCGUCAAACGCCAUAGCGGAGAUCAGUUUCCGUCGAGCAGUUCUGACACUCGAGGGCGUCAAGGCUGACGCUGUGUUCGCAUACCAGCCCCCGUUCAACAUCCUCGCCGUAUUCCUAUUCAUCCCGCUUAAAUUCGUCGUGAGUCCGCGCUGGUUCCACAAGAUCCACGUCACGGCGGUCAAGAUUCUGAAUCUCCCUCUCCUGCUCAUCAUCGCUGUUGCUGAGCGCCGUCUGCUCUGGCCUUCCCGUGAGAUCGAAGACCCAACGGAGAUCAAAGCUCCGCCCCCAACAAAAAGCCAGUUUUGGAAGAAGUGGCGGUUGACGGUUCACCGAGAUCUUCGCGCCGUCUUUCAAGUGCCGCCGCCUGAUACUGUCCACGACGACAUCGCUGUCGAUGAUGAUCUCACGCAUCAUCUCAUCCGUCGACAGUUCACACGCAAUGCGACAAAUGAUAUAGAGCCCCGCAACCUACAUAACACCUCUAGGCCCGAUCCCGGAGCUCGACGUCCAUCACGACGAGAUUCUAUGUUUCCUGGGAUCCCGCCCCAGAAGCUUCGAGGAUCCUUCUCCGAGAAUGACAUGUUUGAGGGAACUACAGAUAGACUGGCCAAUAUGGAAAAGGCGAUACGGCGCAUGGAAACGAUGCUAUCUCGCCUAGUUCCAUCUGCCGAGGACGCCAUCAGUGAUGAUGAGUUGGAGCAAAGCGGGACACUUAGGGGAGACAAUACUGCCGAGUCGUCAUUUAGAGGUUUAGCGGAUCGUGAUUCAUGAUGGUUCCAUGGUGUUUGGGUAUAAGUAUAAACAGAAUUGCACACGCGGAGAGCUAGGGAAGAGCGUUGCGAUACAAUAUUAUUGUGGUGGCCUUUUGUUAUAGCACUGAUUAACUGGCACUGUUGGAAACAUCCAUUCCUGUCACCACAUAGUCUAGCCAACCAACCUUCCUUUUCUACCUGCGAAUAGAACUUGUUUUUCGUCUUUGUCCCUCAGCAAUAAUUCCAACACAUCUUUUUCUGGCGAUUGAUUCCCUGAACGCCUGAGAAUGUGCACUCUCACAUAUUUCCAGCACAAAGAAUGCAAACACACCUGGCUUGUCCUUACGGAACCUUGCGAGCCAUUCAUGGGCCUCAACAAUUGCCCGACCUUCUGCGAUGGUACGGCCAAGGAACCACCAAAAUUCUAUAAGACACAGAGUCGACCAUGCCCUCGAUGCCAGCUGCACGGUGUAUACGAUCGUAAUCUGGUUCGGAUGGUGGAGGAUAUGGGCUGGGGAAUCAAAUGGGGAGUUGGGCCAGGACAGGAUGAUUGGGGCUGCGAGAUGAAGUGUGCGAUGCUUUGAGGCGAUCGUUGCGACGGACUUUUGCACGAGCUUCGAAAUCCUGGAGUUUUCUACCGGUUUGAUUAAGGAAUCUCUCCAGCAACCAUUGUAGGUUCCUGUCUGCCUGGUUCAUGCAUCCCCAAACUAUCCAUCCAUACUGAUUCAAGUGAAGCAGAUAUGUUCGUAUCUAACCCAACAAAAGGCAAUCAGUUCGAAACUGAGCACGUUGCCACUGCUAUGAACCAGAGAUUUGCGAUCCACCAACAACAGCUCUUUAUCCGUCUUCUGUUUCUAUCAACUAUUUAGUCUUAAUUUCUUGAUUCUAAGCAUAUAUCACGUGCCGCAU